GGGCACGUGAUUGAAGAAGUCCAAUGUACAACUGGGCUGAUCACCGACGAGAAUAGAUCAAUUGCAAGAAGUAAAUAAAUAUACACAGGAAAGUCGUGAAAUACUUGACUCGUAUAAUGGUUACCUGACAAACGCCGGAUACACAAAUACUUGUUAUCACAAAUAAAAUGAAACUAAACGCUCAAGAGAUUGGAUAUUUAUCAUAUCACCACACCUGUAAUUUGAAACUCUGGUUAUAACUUUGAACGUAAGAAAUUUCACAGCUUACUUGAGACGCUGGUAUGUAAGCUUUAAUCAAUCAAGGAUAGAUGCGUAAUUAUAAUUUGAUCGGAUUAUGAGAAUAACGCUGAGCACAAUGAUGGCACCAGCAGCGAGGAAAUCACACAAUAUGAAAACAAAGAUGUACAUUGAAAAUUGAAAACAUCACAAUGGCUGAGGAUUUUGACCGUAGUAACUCGGUCAGUCCCGAUGGAACGGGGGCUAAUAUCCGAUAUACGGACUCUCCGGAGCGUACGGGGGUAGGGGUGGCUCUGGAUCCGAAACCAUUCCGUCCUUUUAAAACCAAAGAGUCGUAUCUGGUCGCUAUGAAGGAGGAUUUAGCGGAAUGGUUUAACAUCCUCUUUCAGUUGGAGAUGACGGAGGAUAACUUUUUUAAGGUUCUAGAAACGGGAGUUGUUCUGUGUCAAUUAGCGAAUAAUAUCCGCCAGAUGGCUCUGGAGUUCACUGAACUAAACAAUAACGUUAACACGACAAACAGUAAAAUUCCCGUCACUGAUGUCAUAUACCGUCGAAACGUCAACCCGGGGACGUUCCUCACCCGGGAUAAUAUAUGUAACUUUAUAACAUGGUGCAGAGGAUUAGGGAUACCAGAUUGCUUAUUGUUCGAAACAGACGAUCUGGUGAUGCGGAAAAACGAACGCAGCGUCGUGCUGUGUUUGUUGGAGGUAGCUCGACGCGGAGCAAGGUUCGGGAUGGUUGCUCCUUGUCUUAUACAGCUAGAGCGUGAAAUAGACGCCGAGAUCCUCGGGGAGAAGCUGCCAGAGGCGGAACAGCCGUUUAAACAGAUACAGACGUGCGAUCUACUGUCCCUGGACGAAAUGGUGCGCGAGCUGGUGGCCAUAUGUACGUGUCCAGUACAAUUCGCUGUCAUAAGGUUAUCUGAGGGCAAAUACCAAAUAGGUGAUACAAGAACAAUCAUAUAUGUCAGGAUCCUGCGUAAUCACGUGAUGGUACGUGUUGGGGGUGGAUGGGAUACCCUGGAGAACUACCUUGACAAACACGAUCCCUGUCGUUGCGAAACAUAUGGACACAAGACACCACGCCGUAAACGACCCACUGAUAGGAGAGGUAGCGCACCCCCACAAUCCCUCACGAGAGCUAAACUAAAUGAGAGCAACCCUAGUCCAGAUUCUAAGAUGCACCAACGCUCAGGGAGUCUCGUGCCAAGCAGCUCAGGUUCAGAACUUUGCCGUCACCCAAGUACAGAGAGUCUGGACAGUAACUACUCGCAGUAUUCCACUUCUUCGCAACAUUCCCAAAUGUCAGUGGCCUCCCAGAGGUCCACAUCUUCCAGUAAAUCUGCUCAAUCUUACCGACGAGUGAAAUCAUCUGGGUAUGGUCAACAAUCACCAUCUAAUGGACUUAAGACCAUACCCCAGACACCAACAAGCACUAAGCCUGCAGCCACCAAGUGGCGUAGAUACGAAGACAAUGAUGAUCCUGAGGAUGAUGAAGUUGCUCCUCUAAAUACAAGUAUGCCAAACGAGGCUCGUAUUACGAGGAGAUCACCCAGACCUGGGCAGAGCGACGGUGCUGAUAGAAGACGUUCACAAUCUUUGGGGAAUAUCGAUGUGAACAAACAGUUAAAACUAGGACAGCAACGUGAUCUUAAGGACCUUGAUAAGUUAAUGAUAACGCGAGGGGAAUCUGGUAGGCACAUACUGGAUGAUAAAGAGGUUGAACUCAAUCAAAAAGUGGCUCCAACCCAGCGUGAAAAACCGAAAUCACGUCAUAUAUCAAAGAUUCAAGGUAGCCGCAGCACGAGCCUAAAUCGUGAUGGAAAAUCACCCACCAGAAUUCCAAAUGGAACUAGUCGAUCCCCACGUGAUAGAAGCAACCAAAGAGAUAAUAGCCUUAGUCGAAUUCCAGAUACAAAACAAGCUAGAAGGCCAACGCAGCAAGGAAGUAAGGGCCCUCGUUCCAAGAGUCUAGUACGCUCUAAAACAUCUGAAGAUAUCCUUCUUUCUGCAAUGCGUACACGACCCACAACACCUACAUCAUCGAGGUCGAGGCCAACUACACCAACAAUGAUGUCUUCAAGGUCAAGGCCAACUACACCAACGUCAUCUAGGUCAAGGCCGACCACACCCAGACCUGCUAAAUCCAAUACGACCCAGGGUCAAUUGUACCCUACUCCUAGUCCACAUUCUAGAUCACAAUCAAGCACACCUACGCACAGAAGAGCCUCGCAUAAUGAAUACACACCGGGCACUGGUAGUCGACCAAAUAGCAGACCCGGCAGUCGAAAUGGAAGCACUGAGUCGCUUAACUCAGUUGGGGGCAAAUAUUAUGUCAACGGACAUGUAAAUGACAAACCUCCAACUGGCAAAAAAGUCAUCAAAAGAAGGAACUCAUUUGAUUGUAUUUCCCCAACAGAAACAUAUGAAGAUAACGAUGCCAUUAAUGCUAUCUUUAGUUCUCUAACAAAGCCCCCAGAAGCUUCUCUCCCUACAGAAAGGAAAGAUGAUAAGCAUAUAUCGAGAACUAAAAUCCCUGUACCUUUAACAAAACAACGACCCAGGAAGAUCUCUCUGCCUGGAGAUUUGAAUAGAGAAGACUCUGGACUUGGGAGGUAUUCUCCUGACAGUUGCGUCGCAGACCUUGAUCAUUUUGAUGACGAGGAUCUACCUAGUCAAAUUUCAAAACAAGCCAAUCAGAUCAUGUCAGAAUUCGCAUCAUGGCAUGUAUAAAAAAUUGCAUUUAGAUGGUGUUAGGGAAACCUUUUAGGUUUAAUCCAUCGUCCAUGAUCCAUACAUUUUAUGAAAUUCUUGCUUGACCUCGUAAUUACUAGCCCUUUCUUGAUGCCUCGUUUGAUGUGGGAAGAUUGUAGAAAGAGGAGACGAGAUGCAAACAUGGAUGCCUCUCCUACUGAUUUGCCAAAGACAAUAACAGGUCUAAAGCUGGACAUUGUUGAAGCAUAAUGAAAGAAUGGAAGAAACUAAUAUAUAGACUUAGUGAGUAGAGUAUUUAUUGCCACCUUUGGACAGUUUAUAUGAGUGCACACCAAAGCAAUCACCCCUGGGCAAUGUGAGAAUUUAAGGGUGGGCAUUUGAAGCCAGAAAGUGAUGCCCUUACAUUCGUGAACAUGCCAACAAGUGUCCAUGGCAACAGUGAAGUAUUCAUCUGAAGGUUUUACCAAUCUUCGCCAAGUUAUACAUUUACACUUUUGUAAAUCACAUUUAGAAGUAUUAUGAUCCUGGAUCCUGUUGUCAAGAGUUUAUCCAAGGUUUUAGACAUUUAUAGACAUUUGGACUUUUGUAUAGAUGGUUGCUU